CUCACCAUCCUCACCCUCCCAGCGCCAGUCUCUGAGAUGGAGAGAUCAAGAGCCACUCUCCUCACUCUUGUGUGUGUAGUGUUCUUCAAUCUGAAGAGGAUCUCUGGAGCCGAAGUGGAGAUGAGAGUCCGACGAGGAGACAGCAUCACUCUGUACUGCGACUGUGUUUGGCAGAGUGGAUUUAGUAUAGUUUGGUUUAGAAACUGCUCACAUGAGCAUCAACCUCCUCUCAUUAUAUCAACGAUGGAUCUGAUACAUAGCGCUGAGACGUCUAAGGAUUUGAUGUUUGGUGCUUUUCCACGUUACGCGCCUGUGUGGAAUCAAUCCAGCCAAACUCAUGAUCUUCUGGUGAAGAACGUCACCGAGUCAGAUCUGGGGCUGUACUACUGCGCUCUACAGGAGAAGAAGAUUACCAAUAAUGAAAAGGGAGUGAACUAUGGGGAUAUUUACCAUUAUGGAAACAGAAGCACUCGACUCUGUCUGCUUGAUCUGACUGCUCAAGAUCUCCUUCAAACUUCUCCUGCGUCAGACCGUGGCAUCUGUUGGAAGCUGCUGGUCAUUUUUUGCCCUGUGUGUGCUCUAAUAUCCUCAGUCCUCUCUGCCACCUGUGUGUACUGCAUCUGCAGCAAAAAGACUAAAGAGCGACUCAAAGUCAAUCAGAGAGAAACAGUCAAAAGACAGCAGGACAGAAGAAAUGGCCAGGUUGAAGGAGGUGAUGUUUGUUAUGCUUCGCUGGACAUCCAGAGCACAGGACAGAGACAUCUGAAGACGAGGAGAGUGGAGAGCUCAGAUUUCAGUACCUAUUCUGAGGUCAGAUCUGAUCCCGUAUAAUUUAAUCACAAAGCCGAGCAGAUCUCUGCUUUUCUGGCUUCUAUAAACAGGUUGGAAGUUCUGAAUUGUACUAUAGCAAGAAAGUGUUUGAUUACUUGGUCAUAUUAAAGCAACAGGCUGAGUUUAACACACAUUUCAUUGAAUUCUCUUUAAUGUGCAGUUAGUUAAAACCUGUAUUUGUACCUUCUCAUCCCACUUAAUUCUGGUGGACAUGCUUAUGGGGGAAACUUUGUUGGGAAAAUUGAUUGGGGAUUGGGACAAGAUAAAUGGUGUCCUAAAGGAUGCUCUUAUUAUGUGGUUAG